CUCUCUCUCUCUCUCUCUCACUCACUCGCUUAUCACUCAGAUGAACGUGUGUUAGAAUAGAUCUCUGAGCUCAGAGAGAAAAAAGAGUUGAAGUAGAGAGGUGAGGACUCAGAGAGAGAGAUAAAGAGGAAGAGGAGAAAAAGGAGAGGACAGAGAAGAAAAUAGGAAACAGAAGAAGAGAAAGAGGACAUAGAGAGAGAGAGAGAGAGAAAGACAGGAGAGUUACUUGCUGUUCAGUGUGAAGCGGAGCUAAGAGAUCAUCACUGCUGCUCCUCAAACCCUCACUGAGGUCAGUAUGAGUGUCUCAGUGGCGACACUGACGCUGACCCUGCUGCUGUCCGGAGCUCCACCCCUCUCAGCCCUGCAGCCGGAGAACGAGGUCCCACUACGGCCCACUGCCUGGCUGACUGACCGCACACACACACCUGUCUACCUGAACACCGGACGCACUCGCAGGCUCUAUUUCACUGUGCGGAAGAAGACGCUUUCUCUGGAGCUGACCGUUAGUCCCUGUUCAGGAGCCGUGGAGUGGAGUCUGACCGCACGCUCGCUGAAGGACAAACCAGCCAAAUACACUAAAUGGAGCACCAAGAAGAGUUUUCCAGAGGUGUGGUGGAGAGGAUCUGGGAUGGAGGCACUGAUCCACAGCUACUCCGGCAGCGCAGCGGACACCUAUGAGGGUCCUGCAUAUGGUCCGGCAUCCAUCUACAUCCUGCAGCUCAAAUCCACAGAACAAGACACACAAGUGGAUGUCUAUCUUCAUGAAGGUCCUGGACCCUCAGGGGCUUUUCCUGAGCUGCCCACUGACCCCCGGGUCCACACGCUAGGGGUCGGGAUGACUAGCGUUACUCUGAGCUGGACACCAAGUCCGUCUGUCACCAAGACAUCAAAACACAGCAAGAAGCACAACUACAAGUAUUGCGUGACAGUGAACCGCAAACACAACUUCAGGAAUGUGUGCGCCGCCCGCAAGGAGUCAAGGAAGCACAGAGAACGAGGGAGGAAACAAGGGAGGAGGGACAAGCAGGAAAAAGAUGGAGGGCUACUGAAGACCUGGCAGCAGUGGGACAUGUUUGAGGAUGACGGCUCCUCUGCUGUGAUACAGGCAGACUUUGCGGAUCCAGCCUGUGUAUGCAGGGAGGUGGAGAGUGUGUGCACUGUCUCCGACCUCCUACCAGACACCCAGUACUACUUUGAUGUGUUUGUGAUUGAUCAGGUGAACAGAACGAGCGCCACAUACACUGGAACAUUCGUGCACACUCACACUGAAGCCCGUGGAGUUGUAACCCCGCUGAGGGAUGGUCAGGUGCAAUGGGUCACUCUAAGCUUGGCGUCAGAAGGUCAGAAGCGCUUCAGCUUCAGGCCCCGUGGUGGGCAGCAGAACGGCCUGCUGACCCUGCACAGUUGCAACUCAACAAAGGCUAAAGUGACCGUGUCCAGCAGGGGGCACCUGCUUUCCUCACAGGAAGUGGGGGACCAACUGGCCCAAAUCUGGCUCCAGGGGGGGCCUUCAUACCUCAUUCAGCUGCAGACACUGGACACUACAACAACACCCAAAUUGGACCCAGAAAGGUCGAAGGUGUGCAUGAAAAUGCAGGCGUCAUCAGCAUUCCACCGCCGGGGGGUGCCGGUCCUGCCGGUCACUCUGCAGUUGAAGUCCUUCAAUAAACUGCGCAGCUGCAGCUCGGUCACUUUGGCCUGGAUGGGCACGGAGGAGCGCAGCCUGUACUGUUUAUACCAGAGACAGAUCUCCAACAAACCGGACGUCACUGACCGCUGCCUGGGUCCGGAGUCGCGUCCAGCGUCAGAGCGGGUCCUCUGUAAAUACUUCCAGGAACUGGACCCACGGCGAGCAGUCACUACAGCAGUUAUUGAAGGGCUAAAUCCGGGCAGUAUGUACAUGUUUGAUGUCUAUCUGAUGAGACGCUGGGGGCUGCCCAUUAAAUACCACAGCAAAACAGUGCGGACCCGGAGAGAGUGCUGAGGAUGCAAGACCUGCACAAACGGACUCAGCGGACAGAGCGGCCUGACCGAUUCAACUGUACAGAAGCCACAAAGGCUGUUCUGCGCAGGACUGAGCUGUGAAAAGAAAACCUGGCAAAAGAAAUGAAAGGAACUACAAAAAGUUCUUAAAGGGCCUGAAACACAAAAACAAAGGAGUUUGAUGUAAAAAUAAAAACACUGUUGAACUUUCAAAAUGUACUGUUCACUGCCCAGAGCACACAGUCCAAAUUGACUCCGUCCCUUCAUCCUACAGCAGUUUAGCCCCACCCCUUAAUCCUACAGCAGAUUAGCCGCGCCCCUUAUGCCUACCGCGGUUUAGCCCCGCCCCUUCGCCCUACAGCGAUUUAGCCCCGCCCCUUCAUUUUUACAGCAGUUUAGCCCACCCCCUCAGCUUACAAUAGUUUAGCCCCGCCCCCUCUGCCUACAGCAGUUUAGCCACGCCCCUUUAUUUUACAGCAGUUUUGUCCCACUCCUCAGAAUAGAGCUCAUUUACAUAUAUCAGUCUUAAAGGCACAGUAACAGAAAUGGCCUGUAACUGUAAUGGAUGAAGAAAUGUUGAAAAAUAGAACAACCACACACACUCACACACUCACACACACUCACACACACACACUCACACUCACCAGCGAAACUGUAUUUAUUGUACGUUGUUGUUCUGCUGUCUGUUGUGUUGUUAUAUAACUGCCUGUUUGUGCUGUUUAUUAGAGGCUGUUCAGUGUCAGGAGUUUUACACAAAAGACUGCCAAACUCACAGCAGCAGCCCGCGGGCUAACUCAACCAGCACACACACACACAGAGAGAGAGAGAGAGAGAGAGAGAGAGAGACAGACAGAGAGAGAGAGACAGAUAGAGAGAGACAGACAGAGACAGAGAGAGGGGGAGAGAGACAGAG